GAAGCCCUGACUCCGGAAAUAUUAAGAGUUCCACAAAUCCUCUCCUAUCAGGGCUACGAGGUGUGUCAAUACGCCUAUCAUCGGCCACACCGUGAAGCGACGCCACGGCAGGUGCACGCCAGUCCCCUCCACCUCACCUGUGCCCGGCGUGGUCUGAAAUAUUCCUCAACUAAUAAACAAGAGAAAAGCUGCGGCGACGUCAGGAUGAACAAAAGAAGCAAGUGAAAGAAAACAAGAAGAAAAGAAACAAAGGAAACGAAAUGACUAGAUAAACGAGAUAAACGGAACAAGAGGAAUAUAAACAAAAUAAAAGAAAAAGAUAAAAGUAAGAGGAAGAUAAAAGGAAACGAAACAAGAAGACUAACAAGAAAAAACAAAAUCAGAGAAAAGGAAACAAGUAAACGAAACGAAAGGAAGGGACGCAAUAAAGGAACACGAGAGAAACACCAGGAUGCGGAGUGGGUUUCUUGUGCUGCUGUGGCUGAACAUGGCGGAAGGUCUUCGUUAUGACUUCAACAACUUCACUGACGUAUCUGGCGGAGGCUUCAAGGUCAUGGCUUACUCCGAUGUGCCGGCAGUGUACAAGAUCCCUCUUCCCCCGGGUGGCGUGGACAGCGGAGGCGCCUUUCUCUUUGACAGUUCCGGAUAUCACUGCAUGGAAAUAGUGACAGAGAAGGCGCCGUCCCUCACUGUCUAUAUUUCCUUUUGGUGUGACAAUAACGACCCCGAGCUGACUUUCUAUUCGUGCCAGAUCGGAGAGACUGAACUUUCUCUGUGUGAAGGCAACGCUGGAACCUGGACAGAGACCCGCUUGUUCCAUACGUGUUCUACCUGGCCCUCGAACAGCAAGAUUAAACUCUGCGGGAACGGACUCAAGGCCCAUGCUUCUGUUGGAUAUGAGUACGUGGAGUUUUAUCCAGGAGACCACGACAGGACUACCAGCAUACCCACGACUACUGAACUCACGACCACCACUUCUAGUACACCCACGACUACUGAACUCGCGACCACCACUACUACACCCACAACUACUGAACCCACGACCACCACUCCUACGCCCACGACCACCACUACUACACCCACGACUACUGAACUCACGACCACCACUCUUACGCCCACGACCACCACUACUACACCCACGACUACUGAACUCACGACCACCACUCUUACGCCCACGACCACCACUACUACACCCAAGACUACAAAACCCACGACCACCACUACUACACCCACGACUACUGAGCAUACGACCACCACUACCACACCCACGACCACCACUACCACUACAUCUACCACCACUGUAUCCACGACCACCACCACUGAAUCCCCAACCACAGCAUCUACGACCACCAGCACAACCACACCCACCACCACCACCACCACCACCACCAUCACACCCCCCACAACCACACCCAUCACCACCACCACACCCACCACGACCACAACCACACCCACACCCACCACCACUACAAGCACACCCACAACCACAACGACCACUAACUCUGUGACAUCAUCCAGUGGAGAAAUUACAACUCCUUUGAACACUGACGAACCCACCACCACCACCACCACUACCACCACCACCACGACCCAUCCAGGCAGUGACGUCAGUAUCUUCGGAGUGUCAGUGUUUGAGUUCAUCGCCCUCUGCCUGCUCUCCCUCGUCGUGCUGCUGGUGUUCCUCAUGUGCUUCCUUCUUCUGCUCUUCAGGAGGAGGAAACGAAGAAUUUACGUCAAGAUCGUACCCCACACCUCGACAUCCGCCAUGAGAGACCACCUCCACGUGCCUGUACAUCAGCCCACCAACACGCAGGACCUAAUCCCCAGACCCGUGUUGCGUCCACCCAGGUCCCGACAACAGGAAAGAAUCAGUCAUAACAGCUGGGUGUACGGACAAGACACCGGUGGGGAGAGGCGCGUGGACAUGACAGGCAUCCACAAGUACAGCACCUCACAUCGCCACUACAUGGAUCUCGACGCGCACCCUGUCCAUCAUGACUACGGGGACGUGUACAGCGUGGCGAGGAACCUGGAGCAGCGGACGGGAAGGGAACACUCCCACCAAUACGCAGCCAGUGCCUUGUGGAGAGUCGCUUCUUGGGCACAGGACGGUUAUGAUUGCAGUGAUGCCUGGGGUAAUGUGGCUACUAAGAACAAGGGUGCGAGGUGAAGCAACAAGGAAAUACAAUAUAACGAGGGACUUCCUGGACACAGAGCAAUUAUGAUCGGAGUGCGAGAUGAGGCAACGAUCAAAACAAUAUGACAAGCUAAUACAAUAUAACGAGUCAUUUCUCGGUCACAGUCGUUAUGAAUGGAGUGAUGCCAAGAGGAAAAUGAAAGCCAAGGAUAAGAACAAGACUGUGUGGUAAUAAGCAAAACAAUAUCACUCCUUGUACACAGAAAAGUAACGAUUAGAGUGAAAUGAGAGUUAAAGAGGAAGAGCAAGACUGUGAGGUGAAGUAACAAGCAAAACAUCAUGGCGAGGAGCUUGCUGGAAGUCAGGUCAUUCUCUAUCUAUUUUCUAAGUACCUAAUGCGAUUUACACGCUGGCGUCCGUUACUCAAUGUGCCCAAGACCGUCACUCUAUCCAAUGGGCCACGGGAACCCCAACACAGGCAGUUAUGAAUAAGACUGGAGUGAAGCGUGGAGUAACUUGAGUGCUAAGGAGUAAGUACAAGGCUGUAAAGUGAGGCAACGGACCAACAAAACAUGACGAGUCUUCUUGAACACAAAGUCUAGAUUAGAGUUAAGGUGACAUGUGCUAAAAUGAAGGCUGUGAGAUAGAACAACAAUAAUAAGGUGCUUCAAGUGUGCCGAAUGUAGAUGUAUUGUAAACAGUGUAGGAAAAAAAAGGAUUGAUAUGUAUUGUACUCAUUAUUAAAAAAAAAAAAUGAUACGUGUGAGUUUACGAACAGACAACGCCAUCAUUAUAGUCGCACAGAUUUCGCGACUAUAAUAAUGUCGAUGCCUUUCUGUUACUUUCGUUCAAAUGUAUAUAGGAAAGUGAACCUUCUAAAGGGUUGAUUAAUGAUAAGGUACCCAGUGAGGCGAGUGUUACUUGAGGCUUAAGUCCCUGCAUGUUCAUCUCGAUGGGUGCACGGAGCUUUACACUUUCCUUUCCCUUCUCCUAUAAAAGUGAGUGUGAAAUAGAGACUUGGGUUUUCCAUAAAAUUAACUAAACCGUUUGUUGUGUUAAAACCUAUGACAUCAUCUAAACAACAACAACAACAACAAUAACAACAACAACAACGACAACACCAUCAUCAUCAUCAUCAUCAUCAUACGACCAACAACUACCACCACCACCAUCACCACCACCACAACACCAACAACGAAAACAACAAUAAUUUACUUAAACAGUUGAUAUUACAAGCAGCAUUCAAUUAUUCCAGCUGUGUUUCAUUAAU